CGGCUGCGCAGACCAGCGCGCACUGGCGGUCAUGUGACGUCGGCAUGGCUGUGUUUGCGGAUUUGGACCUGCGAGCGGGUUCAGACCUGAAGGCUCUGCGCGGGCUCGUGGAGAACGCCGCUCACCUUGGCUAUUCAGUUGUUGCCAUCAAUCAUGUUAUUGACUUUAAGGAAAAGAAGCAGGAAAUUGAAAAACCAGUAGCUGUUUCAGAGCUCUUCACAACUUUGCCAAUUGUACAGGGAAAAUCAAGACCAAUUAAAAUUUUAACUAGACUGACAAUUAUCAUUUCGGAUCCCUCUCACUGCAAUGUUUUGAGAGCAACUUCUUCAAGGGUCCGCCUAUAUGAUAUUGUUGCAGUUUUUCCAAAGACAGAAAAACUUUUUCAUGUUGCUUGCACACAUUUAGAUGUGGAUUUAGUUUGCAUAACUGUAAAAGAGAAACUGCCAUUUUACUUCAAAAGACCCCCUAUUAAUGUGGCAAUUGACCGAGGCUUAGGCUUUGAACUUGUCUACAGCCCUGCCAUCAAAGACUCCACAAUGAGAAGGUACACAAUUUCCAAUGCCCUCAAUCUGAUGCAGAUCUGCAAAGGAAAGAACGUAAUUAUAUCUAGUGCUGCAGAAGGGCCUUUAGAAAUAAGAGGCCCAUAUGAUGUGGCAAACUUAGGGCUGCUGUUUGGGCUGUCUGAAAGCGAUGCCAAGGCUGCGGUGUCCACCAACUGCAGAGCAGCACUUCUUCACGGAGGUGAGCAGUUCUUCCAGUGAAAACAGCGAGGAUUCGUGUUAGAAAAACUAGAAAGACUGCUUUUGGAAUUGUUUCCACAGUGAAGAAACCUCGGUCGUCAGAGGGGGAUGACGGUUCUCUUCCAGCGUGCAAGAAAGCCAAGUGUGAGGGCUGAGCAGGAUCCCGCAGUCGGUCUCUGUCAGUGCUCCCCUCUGCCCUUUUACACGUGCAAAUAAAACCUUUCUAUGAUGCACUGUUUUCA